AUGCCUUCCGAAUCUGUUUCACUUGCGAUUGGUUCGCAUACGUGGACGCCCGAGAACAAAGAGAUUGAUGGUCUCUUACAUGUCAUGCGAAACCACAACAUCAGAGUUAUCGACACUGCCAGGAGUUACGGCCUUGGCGCAUCUGAGACUGUUAUCGGGCUGAAGAACCUGAGUCGCGAGUUCGCCAUCGAUACAAAAGCUGCCACCGGAGUCAUACCUGGUGCUGGACAGAAGAUUCUCCAAUUUGCCAAAGAGAGUUUGGAGGCACUUCGAACGAACAAAGUGAAUAUCUUCUUCAUACACGCACCUGACGAAGAAACGCCAGUACAUGUGCAGAUGGAAGCAAUCCAGACUCUGUAUAAGCAAGGCGCCUUUGAGGCAUUUGGAGUCUCGAACUUUACUCCGGAGCAAGUCGUCGAAUUCUAUGAUUACGCCAAGUCCAAGGGCUACGUUCUUCCUACAGUAUAUCAGUCCAGCUACUCGCUGGUGGUACGCCAGAAUGAAACGAGGCUCUUCCCAACUUUGCGCAGAUUAGGCAUCUCCAUCCAAGCUUACUCACCCAUGGCAGGGGGCCUUUUGUCAAAGACGCGAGAAUAUAUCGAGUCAGGACAGGGUAAUUGGGAUCCCAACACCUUGACUGGCAAGAUCUUCCGCGACCUUUACUACAAGCCGUCGUAUUUGAAGAUGCUGGAAGAAUUCGCAAAGCUUUCCCAGGAAACUGGUUUGAGUCGAUCCGGGUUGGCUUAUCGUUGGGUGAGGUACCACUCGGCUCUCAAGCCAGAGCACGGCGACUCAAUGAUCCUGGGCUCUGUGAGUGGUCAGCAGCUGGAAGAAGCCUUAGCAGAGCUGGACAAGGGCCCUCUUGAGUCUGCGGUCGUCGAAAAGCUAAAUAGCUUCUGGGAGCUGAUCAAAGACGAUGCACCGGUCGACAACCUCAUCUCUGUUCGUAAGGUGGUUCGUGGAACGGCAUAA